UGACAAGCUUGUCUGGGCUAGAGAAGGCCCUCUGAACCAAUCUUGGCCAUACUUUGGAUCUGCAGCCAAGAUGCCCAAGGGAAUCAUGUCCUUCGGUUCUGGCCCAAGGAUCUGUGGUGAACACAUGAAGGAACUUGACUGGGCCAGCUUGUUCUCACCGCGCUAGGCUCAAAAUGGACCGAUGUGCUUACUGUGAGAAGACUUCGAAAUACCCCUACGACCGAGAAUACAGGAAGCAUCUGGCGAUGUUAGUGCGGGUUGACGGAAUCUCUUCGUAACCGACAUUGACCCCAAGGGAACUGACAUUGAUUUUCUCACAUUGUGGUCGAUGGGGCUGAGGGGCUCGGCCAUAUGCUGCACCAGCCAUGGGCACCUGUGGAGGGUGCACGGCACGGGCAAAGCGGGUGACCUGAAGCGGACUGGGUCUCCUUGGAAGGUCUUCCUUGACUGUUGUGACCAAAGACGCAUCGCUCUCGAAGACACUCUUUACAACGACAGUGCUGUGACUGAGGAAAAACUGGCCGCCAAACCGGCGGGCCAGCCCAUGAGCCCUCGGGGCGCCCAGAGAAAAAGGACGAGAAAGCGGACGCUGCCCAGAAAGAAGAAGGCCGAGAGUGACGCUGGGGAGAGCGCCAAGCAGAUCCGCACAUAAGAUGUAGCAACGCGAAAAAAAGUUGCAGCUGUACAGCUACUUACCCUACACUAACAACGUUGGGGCUUGCCCGAUUCUCAUGCCGCGGUGGGGUAGAAGGAAACUGUAUCUGCAUGUGCAUAUACUCACACGCUGGUUUAAUCGCUUCAUUCGUGCCACUAUUAACGCUUCGCCCUUUGUUGAUCGUUUGAUCAGCUCUGAAGCUUUUGUUGUACGCCGGGGGCUAUGGCAACAUGGGGUUAUGUGUCUGUAUCUGUGAUGAAUCUUGUACAUAGCACCACUCGAAGCCUUGAUUCCAGAUGUAGUUUGGUUCUCAAGAAUGCGGCCAGCCCCGCAAAACGCGGCUCAUUUAAACCAGGGUCGCAAUCUCGCA